GGAGAAAGGCGCCACCCCGAGUGACAUCACCAAGGCCUUCCGGAAGCUCGCGCUCGUCAGCCACCCGGACCGGGGCGGAGACGAGGAGCAGUUCAGCAGGAUCGGGCGGGCCUACGAGUGCCUGUCGGAUCCGAAGGCCCGCGCCAGGUACGACCGCUCUGGGCGCACGGCCCCGCUGACCGUCGAGGAGGAGUUCCGAGAGUCCUUCUUCGGCCGCGCGGGAGACCAGGCGCAGAAAUGCGAGGACGGACCCGGCGGCGCGGGGCCUGCCGCGGCAGCCCCCCCCGCCGCCGCGGUCCUGGCGGCGGCGGCGCGCGAGCAGGAGCGCGCCGAAGCGCGGCGGCGCCUCGACGAGGCCGAGCGGCGCGACGCC